AUGUCCGGAUUCCAGAACCCUACAGGUAAAACCCGUCUCGCAGUCGAUGGACUGGGCACGGUUGAAGGUCUAGAGUUCGCGCAAGGUGUCUGUCAGUUUUCGGGUAUUCCCUAUGGCACGUUGAGCAAACGAUGGACUCGCUCAGGCCUCCAGACUACUUGGCCUUCAGGCUUUCAUGAUGGCACCAAACUUGGACCGAAUGCUCCCAAUCCCACCGAGUACAACAGCUUCCCCGGGAUUUUGCCCGACUUACCUCAUCACCCGACCCCCAUCGAAGAUGAACUCAACUGUCUCGUGCUCAACAUCGUCAGCCCUCCCAACACUGCCGGCCAGAAGCUUCCCGUUCUCGCUUUCAUUCACGGCGGAUCCUUCCUGUCUGGCGGCGCCAAUAUGUCUGCUUACGAUUGCGUCAACCUGUGUUCAUUCUCGGUCUCCCGCGGCACACCUGCUGUAUUCGUGAAUUUGAAUUAUCGUGUCGGACUUGGCGGCUUCUUAGCCUCCAGGGCCAUCAAAGCUGAUCUCGAACGCGAUGGCUACGAGGGUUGCGGGAAUUUUGGACUGUAUGAUCAACAGAUCGCACUUCAUUGGAUUAAUCGUUACAUCAGUUCAUUUGGAGGUGACCCCGAACAAGUCAUGAUCUUUGGGGAGUCGGCCGGUGGAAUAAGUGUUUGCAAUCAAAUUGUCGCAAAGGACCCUCCUCCCUUCCAGCGUGCAAUCGCGAUGUCGGGCCAUCUUAACACGAUUUUUGCCUGGAGCCUAGAACAGCAUGAGAAGCAUUAUCGAGCGUUACUGACCCAUCUAAAGAUCGAUCCCGAUGCAUCUGACUCUUUGGAACAGCUGCGAACUCGCUCCCAGGAUGAGGUAGCAGGCGCGACCCUGACAGUGGCCGGUACGGUCAUUGCUACCGGUAAUCCUUGUCUGGACGGGAACUUUUAUGCGGAUACACCCGGAUUUGAUAACGUAACAACUCCUCCGAGCUGGCUCAAGGGCUAUAUGGUCGGGGAUGUAAUGCAUGAGGCAAUGAUUUUUGAUCAGAGUUUUAAAGAAGAGACCUUCGACUCUCUUCGAGCUCGGCUCACUAUUCACCUAGGCGAGGAAGACGCCGACUUCGUCCUCAAUCUUUAUGGAAUUCACAAGGACCUGUCGGAUGACGAGCGAUUUGUCAGAUUAGAAGAACUUGUUAGUGACAUCUACUUCAAGGCACAUAAUUGGGUCGCAGCUCGUCGCUCCAAUCUCCCCCAAACAUUUGCCUACCAUUUCGAUCAGAGGUCUGCCUUCGAGGAUGACCCUUUCAAGGGACUGGCUUACCACGCAAUCGAUCUCCACUACAUAUUUUUGAAUUCCAUGGAAAGGCAUACACCAGAAGGAAAGGAGCUUGCCUAUGCCAUGGCUGGUCAUUUUAUUGAUUUUGCCUACGGCAAGGAUCCCUGGACCAAAUAUGCUGAUGGGUAUAGCUGGAUGCGUUAUGGUCCAGACAACAAGUGCACCGUUGUCACCGAGAGCGAGGACGAACCAGUCCGCCACUUUUCUCGGAUGCAAAAGAUCAUUGACAAGGGCAUUUUCCAAAGGGCUCUGGAGGCUGUGGAUGACAUUUCAACUAAGAGAUACCGGAUGGGAACAGGCUAUAAGGUGCCUGAUUUGUCACUUUUCAUGGAGAAUCCCUGCUAG